UUCAGCGUGCGUCUGUCCGGGCGCUCUCUCGACUGCGUUUGAAGUUCGUCUGUGUCACUCACGUUUCUUCUGGUAUCGACCUAGUUUCUGUCUUUCAAACACCUGUUUCUUCUAUAAAGAAUAGUCAGUAUUACAAUUUGAAGACGCAGCGAAGCUCCGAAUUCAAAGAGAAGGUUGUAGAGAGAAGGAGAGAGAGAGGUCAUCGAGUCCUGCACGAUUCGAUCUUAAAAUCAUGAAGACGCUGCGAAUAUCACUGGUCUCUGUUUUGCUGGCGAUGGGGCUGUCCACAGUCCUCUCCGGAAAAGUGAACAAACACAAGCCGUGGAUUGAGACGUCGUACCACGGGGUCAUAUCGGAGAACACGGACACCGUACUGUUGGACCCUCCACUGGUGGCCCUUGACAAGGACGCCCCGGUGCCCUUUGCAGGAGAGAUCUGCGCCUUUAAAAUCCACGGGCAGGACGCUCCGUUUGAGGCGGUGGUCCUCAACAAGACGUCAGGUAUCGGCCUGCUGCAGGCGAAGAGCCCCAUCGACUGUGAGGCGCAGAAGGAGUACACGUUCAUCGUCCAGGCCUACGACUGUGGCUCCGGCCCCAGUGGCUCGGGCUGGAAGAAGUCCCACAAGGCGGUGGUGCACAUCCAGGUGAACGACGUGAACGAGUUCCCGCCCGCGUUCCGGGAGCCGGUGUACCGGGCGGCGGUGACGGAGGGCAAGAUCUACGACAGCAUCCUGCAGGUGGAGGCCACGGACCAGGACUGCUCCCCGCAGUACAGCCAGAUCUGCAACUACGACAUCGUCACGCCGGACACGCCCUUCGCCAUCGACCGCAACGGUAACAUCAGGAACACGGAGAAGCUCAGCUAUGAUCGACAGCAGCAGUACACCGUGAUGGUGACGGCGUUGGACUGUGGCCAAAAGAGGGCCACAGAGAACGCCCUGGUGCACAUCGACAUCAAGCCGGUCUGUAAACCUGGCUGGCAAGGUUGGAACAAACGGGUGGAUUAUGAGCCGGGGACCGGCAGCAAGCAGCUCUGUCCCAAGAUGCACUUGGAGACGUGCGAUGAACCGCUGUCCUCCGUCAGAGCCACGGUGGAGCUGCAGACCAGCCACAUCGGGAAGGGCUGCGACCGGGAAACCUACUCCGAGAAGUCCCUGCAGAAACUGUGUGGAGCGUCGUCCGGCAGCACCGACCUCCUCCCGGCCCCGAGCGCCUCCACCAACUGGACGGCCUCGCUGCUGACGGACAGCGGGCGCGACAGCGACCUCAUCUUCCGCUUCGACGGGCGGCAGGCGGCCAAGAUCCCGGAUCGGGUGGUGCCGCAGAACCUGACGGACCAGUUCACCAUCGCCACCUGGAUGAAGCACGGGCCAAGCCCGGGCCUGAGGGCCGAGAAGGAGACGCUCCUCUGCAACUCCGACAAGACCGAGAUGAACCGUCACCACUACGCCCUCUACGUGCAUAACUGUCGGCUGGUCUUCCUGCUACGGAGGGACUUCACCCAGGUGGACACCUUCCGGCCGGCAGAGUUCCACUGGAAGCUGGACCAGAUUUGUGACAAGGAGUGGCACUACUAUGUGAUCAACGUGGAGUUUCCUGUGGUGACGCUGUAUGUGGACGGCGUCACCUACGAGCCCUACCUGGUGACAGAUGACUGGCCCAUCCACCCCUCCCAGAUUGAUGUCCAGCUGACAGUGGGUGCCUGCUGGCAAGGCGGCGAGGUGACAAAGCCGCGCUUCACACAGUACUUCCGCGGGAGCCUGUCUGGGCUGACCAUUCGGCCGGGGAAGAUUGAGAGCCAGAAAGUCAUUUCCUGCCUGCAGGCCUGCAAGGAGGGUCUGGACAUCAACUCCCUGGAGAGCCUGGGCAGGGGCAUCAAGUUCCACUUCAACCCGGCCCAGUCCAUUCUCGUCAUGGAGGGAGACGACCUGGAGAACGUGAACGUGGCCCUGAAGAAGGUGUCCUACAUCAAUUCGCGUCAGUUCCCCACCCCUGGCAUCCGACGCCUCCGUAUCUCCACCUCUGUGCAGUGCUUUGGGGAGGACACGUGUAUCUGGAUCCCUGACAUCGAGGCGGUGGUGAUGGUUCUGCAGCCCAGCGAGCCCCGGAUCACCCUCACAGGGACGGAGCGCGUGACCCGGCCGGCCUCCGACCUGCGGGGCCCCGCGGGCCUCCCGCUGUUCCAGGACCUGCACAUCAUCAGCAGGGUCACCAAGAACGAUGCCCCGGCACGCAGCCGAGCCCACAGGCCCGGGGUUCUGGAGGAGAUCAUCCACAACCUGGACUACUGCGACGUGCUGGUGCUGGGAGAGGAGCUGAAGCCCGGGCUGGAGAGCCUGCAGGUAAACCGCAGCUCCCUGCUGGGGAAACACCUGGACGCCACCAACUCCACCUCCGGCAUCUCCAUCUACGGUGUUGACUCUAUGUCGAAUUACGAGCAGGUGGUCAGGCAGGUGAGGUACCUGCACUGGCGAGGGGCAGAGCUGUCAGAGAGGAAGUUCCGCCUCUCCUGCUCAGAGCUGAACGGCCGAUACACCAGCAACGAGUUCAACCUGGAGGUCAGUGUUCUUCACAGUUCAGAGGCCGAGGGACAUGUCAAUCACAUGGCGGUCCCGCCUCAGUACCUGCAGGCUGUCCAUCAUCCAAUCAUGGCGCACAGUCAAAGCUCAGCCCACAACUCAGCGAUUCCCAGUGCAGCCACCGUGGUCAUCGUGAUGUGCAUCACCACCCUGGUGGUCAUCGUGGUCCUGGGGAUCUAUCGCGUCCACGUGGCCCACCAACGCAGCUCCGACGGCGGGGACAGGACCGCGGAGGGCGGGGUCGACUGGAGCAACUCGGCCCUCAACAUCACAGUCAACCCCAUGGAGAGCUUUGAGGAGCCGCAGGCUGCAGCCGAUGAGGAGGAGGAGGAGGAGGAGGAGGAAGAGGAGGACGAAGAGGACGAAGACGAGCUGGACGACGACAUCACCAGUGCGGAGUCUGAGGACAGCGAUGACGAGGAAGCCGCGGUUCCCAGGGGGCCGCGGGGGGACAAGAGCCAGCGGCAGUGGGACGCCUCCACGUUACCCUACUAGGCCCACACAAACACAACCCCACUUACAACAAUCUAUGCCGAAUUCGGAGGUUCCCAGUGCGUUGGCAGGACUGCUCUCACUGGCAAUUCAACUCACAAAAGUGUGUUUCCCCCCCCCCCCCCCCAAAAAAAAAACAUAGUCCAUUUCCACUGAAAGUCAAUGGGAUGUCACUCUGCUGGUUCUGAAUGUGUUCUGCACCGCUAAUCCCACUCCUGUAGUGACAGUGCCAGACUGUUAGGCCAUGAGGUUUUUUUAUACUUUUAUUUGACUAUUUAACGAAUGCCCUGCUGAUAGCAAUUGCACUUUUUAUGUUGCUUGUCAGACCACGAUUUCUCAAUAUCUUCGGAUUAGUGUAAACACACAUGUGCAGUAAACACUGUAUUAAUGAUUGGGAUUUCAGAAUCCAAUCAGAAAAUCUCAAUGAACCCAGCAGGUCACUAUUUUUGACAGAACCAUGCCUUGUGAUAUUUCAAAUCUCUGCAAAUUUGAAGGUUGUCAAGUUCCCCUUCAUGGUCUUGUGACAAAUCCUGUAGUCUUAGGUCUGAAAUCAUAUGGUUUCUAUGCUAGAAAAAUAUUAACUAAAACCUAAAUACUUAUAAUGUUAUUUUUCCACAUCCUUUUUGGAUUCAAAGCCACAUGAGAACCUCUGAGAGUUGUGAUUAGUGUCUCUCUAAAUGCCCAAUCCGUCGGUUGCAAUUUACACAAAGUGGAAAAGACACAGCACAGAUCUGAAUGGAAAAAUGUACACACUGUAUAUUGUACUUUUGGUCUUUUCCGUUAAAUACCCCAGGACUUUAAGGUUCUUGUCUUUCAUAUAAAUGUCAUUGUAAUAAAUAAAAAAUAAUAUGCCAUUUAUUUCCAGUGUUUUAAUGUCUAAGUUGGUUUUUCCCUUGCAAUUAAAUAUAUUUUGAUUAUCGUAAUUUAAAAAGUAGGCAGUGUAAAAGACGUAUCAUUCUUCAGAGAGAUAAUGAUAAUAAACCGUGGCACUAAGAGAGCUUCACUUUAUGUUCAGUUGAUGUAUGUUUGAUCUUGGGAUUUAUUUUCAUGAAAGUUCUAUUUAUUUUCAGUUUUUUGGAAACAGUGAGGAAAGGUAGUAGCUUUUUUACAAGCUCUUUCUGUACAUAGCAUAGAGUAGUGAACAGAAGUCCACUCCAUGGCUUCUCCCAUGUGUAUGUUAGGCCCACACUUGCUUGUUGGAGACCCCAGCCUCUGUAUGUGUUUGUAACCAGCUCACCUUUCUUUGGUUUUCUUCUGUCUCGCCAUCGGUGAGCGGCCAGGCCUCUGUCUGGGACGGGGGGCUGUGGGCUUGUUGAGAGGGGCAUGCAUCACCUUCCACGUGUUAAAGUGGGGCUUUAGUGUUGAGAAGUGUUACUUUUUCCUCCCCGAGCAUAAUAAUAUCCUGUGUUUAGAAGCCACGUUUCCAUACGUGCCGCUGCCCUGUGACGGCUCAAGAUGAACAAACAUAUGAGAACGGUAAACGUGACGUGAGAGACUUGCACCUGUUCAUCUGAGCUAUCCUCUGAAGCUUGUCCUUUAAAAAAAUCUCAACCAAGCAAUGUUUUAAAUCAUUAACAGCCAUUAUCAGCAGUCAAUUUUUGAAAUGGAAUAUUAUCUAGCGGAGUUUCUGGACUGUAUCUGUACAGAGUCAUUUUAAACUGAACAUUGUAGUCCCAGAAUUAUUUUUAUCCUUUCGAUAUAUUGCCAUUUACACAGAAAUAGGAAUACAGGGUAGUAAUCAGCACUUCUCUGACAGUCUGCUCCAGUGAUCCAUUGCACCUUGUGUACUUUCUUCAGAGAGUCCAGCCAUGGCAACACACUCCCCACUCCCCCAUGCGAGAUUGUGGCAGAGGCACCAUUUUAGUCUGUGGUGACAAGACCUUGCUUGCUGUUUGUUACCUGAUUUAGCUGGGAGAACGCCAUUUUGAAUCUGUGUAUAGGUAGCUACAUGUAAAGUCUGUAGCGGUGAUUAGGAUUGUUUCAUCCCUUUUUCGCGUUUGUGAGUGUGACAGUUACUUUUGGCUCAUUCACACCAUUAGAUUGCAUCCAGCCAUUUUCUUUUGAGCUUGUUUGUUUGUUUCGUUUUUUUUUUAUCUCCAGUUUCGGGUUUUGUUUUUUCAUUAAAUCCAUGGUUGCCAACUUGUUUGUUCUACAGGAAGAAGAAGAAGAAGAAAGUAAAUGCUGUUUAAAAAAAAAAAUCAACCCUGUAAAAUGUGUAAAAUUUUAUUUGUUCUCUUUUUUCUUUUGUUUUAUGUUUUGGUUACUUUUUGGUGGUCACUACCGCACUUUCUGUACAUUGGCCAAUAAAGACGUUUUAGAAUCA